GCUCGGCGGCGGGGAGCGGCCCGGGCAGCUUGGGAGCCGGGCCCCCAGCGUCGAGCGGCCACCGGAGCCGCGGCGGGAGAUUCUCAGCCCGGCCUUGGAGAUGAUGGGAUUGGGGAACGGGCGUCGGAGCAUGAAGUCGCCGCCCCUCGUGCUGGCUGCCCUGGUGGCCUGUGUCAUUGUCCUGGGCUUCAACUACUGGAUUGCCAGCUCCCGGAGCGUGGAUCUCCAGACACGAAUCUUGGAGCUGGAAGGCAGGGUCCGCAGGGCGGCUGCAGAGAGAGGCGCUGUGGAGCUGAAAAAGAACGAGUUCCAGGGAGAGCUGGAGAAGCAACGAGAGCAGCUUGACAAAAUCCAGUCCAGCCACAACUUUCAGAUGGAGAGCGUCAACAAGUUAUACCAGGAUGAGAAGGCGGUUUUAGUGAAUAAUAUCACCACGGGCGAGAGGCUGAUCAGAACCCUGCAAGACCAGUUAAAGGCCCUGCAGAAGAAUUACGGCACGCUGCAGCAGGAUGUCCUCCAGUUUCAGAAGAACCAGACCAACCUGGAGAGGAAGUUCUCCUACGACCUGAGCCAGUGCAUCAGUCAGAUGAAGGAGGUGAAGGAGCAGUGUGAGGAGCGAAUAGAAGAAGUCACCAAAAAGGGGAAUGAGGCUGUAGCUUCCAGGGACCUGCAUGAAAAAAAGCACCCAAACCAGCAGCUCCAAGCCGUCAGUGAGCCUCAGCCCAGGCCGCCGGAGGCAGGCCUGCCCCAGGCAGAGGUGCCACAAGGGAAAGGAAACGUGCCCAGCAAUGGCGAGCCCCAGACACCAGCCCCCAGUGCUGAGGCAGCUUUGGAUUCAAAGAGACAAGGUGAAAAAGAGGAAACCAAUGAGGUUCAGGUCGUCAGCGAGGCCGAGCUUCGGAGAGACAGCCAGGGGCUGCCGCAGGAGCCAGGGCGAGAGCAGGCUGUGGAAGAAGACAGACAUGUGGGUGGAAAAGGUGUUGGAGAAGUUGGCCAAACCCCACAGGUGCCAGCUGCCCUGUUGGAGAGCCAGGAAAAUCAGGAUACGGGGGGCCCUGAGCCGGAGCAGCUCGUCGUUGCCGAUGGGCAGGAGGAGGAGCAGGAUGCUGAUGAGGAAGGGAGAAACCAGCAGAAACUGGGAGGAGACGAUGACUACAACAUGGAUGAAAAUGAGGCAGAAUCUGAGAGAGACAAGCAGGCAGCCCUUGCAGGGAAUGACAGAAACGUAAAUGUUCUUAAUGCAGAAAAUCAGAAAAGAGACGCAGUAAAUUUACUUGAUCAGCGUGAAAAGAGGAAUCAUACACUCUGAAUCAAACUGGAAUUACGUACUCCGUGUCAGGAUUGUACAGAGAUCACUACAGAAUGCUCAUGCGAGUUUGAAUACUGUGAAAUGUACUAAGUAAAACAUACAUCUGAAGACAAUUAUUGUGGAGUUUUAGUAUGUACUUUAUGUAGGAAAAUGAGAUUGUCUUUUAGACACUUUUUGGGGGUACUUUUGAAGUGUCAAUAUUAAAAUGUCAAAAUUU